CUUUAAUUUCAUUCUAUAUCUACGUCAGAACACAUCGAACAAUUUAAAACAUACUGAUGUAUUCAUCGCUUGAAAAAUGGGAAGUUAUAAUUGGAUAUUUUUGACUUUCUUUGGUGGCUUCGUUGCUGUUUCGGGAAUAGAAAGUUGGAAUCAUUGCACAAGUAAUCCUGAUUGUCGCUGUAUCCCAAACAGUUACAAGAACUAUAUAGCAGACUGUUCGAAUCUCGCAAUCGCAGAGGUACCGCGAACGCGACCUGAUGUCGACACUCUAAAUAUAGGACAUAAUAGAAUAAGUCAUAUCAUGCAUCCGUUUAGUCCCACACUUGUGAAUUUGGAUAUGUCUUAUAACCAGCUUCAAAACUUUACUCACGACGUGUUCGCAAACUUAACACGCCUGAGAACUUUAAAUUUAGAAGGAAAUCAACUUCAACUGGACGAAAGCGUACUUAGACCGGAAGUCUUUCGAGACUUAAAAGCUUUACGUUCAAUAUACAUUAAAAAGACUAUAGUCAAAGCACGGAGCACAUUUCCAUACAAAAUGUGGGGCCAUCUGUCCUCGUUAGAGACUCUCCGGAUUGACGUCAUAUCAUCGACACAAUUUGGUCGACAGUUUCGCUCACUGACGUCACUGACAGCCCUAAACGUAUCAGGAUUGUCUGGAUUUUGCUCGAUAGAAGAAAUUGGAGAGAAGUUCUUGGAAAAUCUGCCUCUCUUAGAGAUUCUGGAUUUGUCUUGUUGUCACAUAAAAGGAUUCUCAGCAGGUGCUCUGAAAAAACAACAAAAUAUAACGGUCCUUGAUAUUUCAUACAAUGAAAAAUUUACAUUUGCAAGUUUUGCGAAUAUAACAAGCGAUUUACAGUUUUCCAAAAUAAAGGUUUUCAAAGCCAAUAAAAUCCACUGCACUUAUGGAAUAGGAACUUUGUUACAAAUCCGUGACGUCAUGCACUUUAAGAACACUUCUCUCGAAGAACUUUACCUAGAGAACAACAGACUAGCUCUUGUAGAAAGAUAUGCUAUCCGCUAUUUUCCCCCAACUCUCAGAAUAGUGUCGCUCGUCCGAAAUAAAAUGGCACUUGGUGCUUACUUAAUGGAUGUCUUAUUCUUGACAGGGAUGGAAUCACUUGACUUGUCCCUCCAAAUGACUUCAAAGCCCACCAGCAAACUGAUAGACGCUUUCAUUUGUCAGAACCCUUUACGGCCUUCCGAUAACACAAUAGAGAGACAUUCCAACAAAUACAACACAGAACCAUUUCAAAUGAGAUAUAAUGCUAAUAUCUCCGUAACUCUGCCAAGAAAUUUAAGAACUCUCAUUCUGAGAACAAUCGGCAUACGUCUGGAACUCUCUGCGAUUCAUGUUAACCCGUCCAAUCAGUUGACCCAUCUUGACCUUUCACAGAACGUCAUAACCAGCUUCAAGGGACCCAUUAUAGGAUUUAAUAAACUUCAAUAUUUGGACUUAUCAGGUAACCUUUGUUCCUUGCUUUCAACCAGGUUAUUUGAUUUUACGACAGCACUGCAAGUUUUAAAGCUUAACAACAACCUGUUAGGUUUCAGUUUGAAAGACGAUUUGGACGGAGGAACCUUUAAGAAUCAGGUCAAUCUUCAAGAGCUAGACUUAUCGGACAACAGAAUACAACAGCUUCAUGAAAAACUAUUCAAAAAUCUAGGAAAGCUUCAAAAGCUGAACUUAAGUUCAAAUUUCUUGACGGAAUGGAAUGUGAAGAUUGAUAAUAUGUGGAACCUGAUCAUGAUUGAUAUCUCAGACAAUACGAUAAUGCAACUCAGUCAGGACGCCACAGUGUCGAUUGCAGAAAUAUCAAAAAAGAAUAGACACUUUAAAAUUUUUCUGGCAGACAAUCCUUUUGCUUGUUCGUGCGAUUCUCGACAUUUUCUACAGUGGUCUUCCAAAAAUCGCAAACAUAUCUCGGACUUUCAUCAGAUGAAAUGUAAGUUAGACAAUGGAACAAGCUUUGGUUUCCAAGACAUAGAAACAGUUUUGCGAUUGCUUGAAAUUCAGUGUAAAAAUUAUCAAGUGUUAACAUUCAUAAUAACUUCUGUCAUAGUGUGCUUCGUGAUAAUCAUCGUUACCGGUUUAGUUUACCGGUACCGAUGGAAACUACGUUACUUGUUUUAUAUGACCAAAAACAAAUACCGAUUAGCCAAACCUAUAUAUCAAGAUACGUUUACGUUUGAUGCCUUCAUAUCAUACGCUGAUGAAGACAGGGAUUUCGCACUGCACGAGUCGAUUUCCCAGCUAGAGAAAUCAAGAGGACUGCACCUGUGCCUCGACAAGAGGGACUUCCGGCCCGGUACAGAGAUCGCAGCAAACAUUACAGAAGCUAUCACCAAGAGUCGUAAAACAAUCAUAAUUCUGUCCAAUCACUUCCUGAACUCUUACUGGUGUAUGUAUGAAUUCAAUAUGGCCAGAAUGGAGAGUAUUUAUACCCGGGAUGGAAAGGGCGUACUGUUCAUGGUUAUGUAUCGACACGUGACUGCUAAGAUGUUGCCUUUAUCAAUGCUGGCCUUGGUAGAAAGUCAUUCCUAUAUCGAGUACCGCGACGAUCCUCAGGGGAACGUCGUAUUCUGGGACAAAGUAGCUGACACAUGCAAAAAUCCGUCAGAUUAAAGUA